AAAACAUAUCGCUCGUCCUUAAAAAAUAAACUAUUUCGUUAACGUUUAUCUCCUUCGGCAAAGCCCUCAGCGCUCAGCUCAACAUGUUGAAAGCACGAAUUCCACUGCUAAACAGGGUGCUCGCUCGCAGCUAUGCGACAGCUGCGUCACCUCAUGCUCUGGUCUUCUUGGAGCACCACCAGGGUGACCUUGACUCUGCGUCACUUUCUGCCUUGACGGCAGCAUCUCAGUUGGGCGGUCAAGUCACCGGCCUUGUCGUGGGCAGCUCGGAGGAGGUGCCAUCUGUUGUGGAGAAGGCUAAGAAAUUAAACGGUUUGACCACACUGCUGCAUUGUGCAUCCCCACAAUACAGCACGCUGUUACCUGAAACAGUAUCUCCACUCUUCGAGAAGCUCUUAUCACAGAAUUCGCCCUUCACGCACGUCGUCUCCGCUCACUCCAGCUCUGCCAAGUCUAUUCUGCCUCGAGUUGCAGCAAAACUAGAUGUUCCGGCCGUAUCUGAUAUCACAUCCCUCGAACAUGACGCAGCAUCGGGAAGCACUACCUUCACCCGUCCCAUCUACGCUGGUAACGCCAUCUCCACAGUUCGUGCAUCCUCCUCCAUCCCCAUCAAGUUCUUCACUGUCCGGUCUACCGCAUUCGCGGCUGCCGGAGCAGGAGAUGCAGCAGAGAGCGAAGUCAAAGCCCUCGAUUCUGUUGAGGUCCGCGUUGUUUCUGGAGGACGCGCAUUGAAGAACGCAGAGACUUUCCAGUCUACUCUGUAUCCUCUUGCUGAUGCACUCGGUGCUGCGGUUGGAGCAUCGCGUGCUGCUGUGGAUGCAGGGUACGCAGACAACUCCCUGCAAGUUGGACAGACAGGAAAGGUGGUGGCUCCUGAACUGUAUAUGGCGUUGGGCAUUUCUGGUGCUAUCCAGCAUCUUGCUGGUAUGAAGGAUUCCAAACUCAUUGUGGCAAUAAAUAAGGAUCCCGAUGCACCCAUCUUCCAAGUGGCAGACGUAGGGUUAGUAGCAGACCUUUUCGAGGUAGUGCCAGAGCUGGUCGAGAAGUUGAAGCAAUGAUAGAAUGGGCAUCAUCAUGUUCAGCCUGUGCUCAUUGGGUCCAUAAUAUAUCAGUCACGAUCUGCUUUGAAAAUAUUGCAAGUUCAAUAGUAAGAUAUAGGACCGUCAGCGAUGCUUGAUGAUCAGCCACUUGACAUCGCAGUGUGAAUAUUUGGAUAGCGUUUUUUUCCC